CUUCGUUCCGGCAGACGCUCGCUGCCCACAGCUAGCCAUUCGGCGCUGACUGUCCGCAAGGCUGCCGCUGCCGCCUGCUCUACCGAGUAAGAGAUUCAGAUGCCGGACACUCAAUCACUCUCAUGAGAUACUGUGCUUAGCGGACUCCCAGAACCACCAAGGCUGUUUCAUCCAUGAGCUCAGAUUUCCCGCAUUACAACUUCAGGAUGCCUAACAUUGGAUUCCAGAAUCUGCCUCUCAACAUAUAUAUUGUGGUAUUUGGCACUGCUAUAUUUGUCUUCAUCCUCAGUUUACUCUUCUGUUGCUACUUGAUCCGGCUAAGACAUCAAGCACACAAAGAAUUUUAUGCCUACAAACAGGUUAUAUUAAAAGAGAAAGUAAAAGAAUUGAAUUUACAUGAGCUCUGUGCCGUUUGUCUAGAAGACUUCAAGCCUCGAGAUGAGCUGGGGAUUUGUCCAUGUAAGCAUGCCUUCCACAGAAAGUGCCUUAUUAAGUGGCUGGAGGUUCGGAAAGUGUGUCCACUAUGCAACAUGCCAGUUCUGCAGCUGGCCCAGUUGCACAGUAAGCAGGACCACGGACCCCCACAGGGACCCCUUCCCGGGGCAGAGAACAUUGUGUAGUUCACCACAAGCAUCAAACAGUUGUGGGAUCCCAUGUCUGCAUUGAAGCAGGAGGAACACAAGUAUCCUCUGUGUUGGCUGCUCUACCUGGGGCACCAGCUGCCACUUCCUUUGUCUCAUGAAGAACUCUCGGGCCAACUAAGCGAGAACCCAGACUUCUGGGUCUUGUGACAACCAAAGCACGCUGACACUACCCCACAUCAAGAGAAGUUGAAUGAGUCUGCGGGUUUAUUUCAAGAAACUUCAUGAGUCUCUUGCUGACUCAGUUACAUGCUGUCUCCUGGAACACUUAUCUCCACGUAAGGUGAAAUCUUUCUCAAGCAAGAGGGAAGAUAAACACAAAUAUUAGAGAAGGGAACUGAGAGCAGGUCUUUAAAGCCACCAACCCCCACCCUGUGGACAGACGAGCUUCUAUGCAGACUGUGCAUGCCUUAGCCGCAGCAAACCUUCCUGGCAGCCCCUGAGCCAAGUAAAACCAGUGGUUACCUCAGCCGAAGCAUGACCGGUUGCCUGGUUGGUCAGGCAGUGCCAACAAGGCUUUUCCUCUUACGUUCCUUUGAUAAGGCCACCCCGGAACCUGCCAUUUCUCAUUUUCCCACCCCCACCCCAUCAGGGAGGCACGGCCACACUGCCCAUCAGGAGCCCCAGCAGGGGCUGGGUCUCUGAGCCCACGCGUCUCUGUGUGACCCGGGUUCUCAGAGUGCUGCCCACAUCCCCCCAUGUGAGGCGUGGCUCCAGCACAGCUGCUGGUCUUCACCCGCUGCCUUGGUAGGAGCUCUGGGAGCCUCUCUAAGAAUGGCUAGUCCUGGCCCUGUUGAGAUAGGACGAUUGGGACCCCCUUGCCUCUCCCCUUCUUCCUUCCCUUUGUUCUCUUCCCUCUCUUGCCCUGUUUCUGCUUCAGAGAAAAUGCCUGUUAUCGGUUUAACAAUUUAAAGCAUCCCAAAUAAGAUCCCUCUGUUAUUCUUUAGGCAGGGAUCCACUUAAAAUUGUAAAUAGUACCAGGAAGCUCCUGCAGGGCUGUUCACUCAUUGGUGUGUGCCUCAGUAUUCAAACUUGCAAAAGCUGAAAGUGUCUUUAUGAGAGCAAUGCAUGCUAUUCUUGGGCUCUUUCUGUCCAACUAUUCUAGAAAUGACUCAGAGUCCAUUAGGAUUCAUGAAUGUGUGUAAAUUAGCUAAGAACUUUCUAGUUCCUUUCCUCAGUCCCGUUCUCCACCUCCUCCCUUUAGAGGGAUGGGCUCCUCCUCAGCAGCUUUGCCUCUGCUCCCUCAGUGGUGUGCGUGGGGCAGUUGCUCACUGGAAACACCAUCUGCACGGUACAGAGAGGAAGGAGGAAGCUUUGCAAUUCUGUUCAUAGCAUGUCUCCAGGAAUUUUUUCUGGAGUCCAGCCUGUACUGCCCUAGAAUGGGCAAGGGAACCUGGUGGCUGGGGUUACAGGAUAAGAAAAAUUCCCAUUAGCCUAGAAAAGUGCUGGGCAGAAUCCAGUUUGGAAAAUUACAAAUCCAGUUGGUCAGAAUUGGCUGUUCCUGUGUAUGACCUGCCGUAUGGUAUUCCUAUGGUAUGCCAACUGGACUGUUUCUUAAGCAGGGCAAGGAAAGUGUGAAAUAUUUUUUAUGAAAGCCUUAGCCUGUUUGGCACCCAAUGAAAAGAACUAUUUGUACACUCAGACUUUCAUCCUGUUUCUGCAUUCUGUUUGUAGCACAAUAGAGUUGAAUGCUGCAAAGCAUCUAAGUUACAGUGAAAUGUUUUCAGUGACCAGUGUCCGAAGGCUUGCUUCUGGACUAGCCUUGUUAAUGACCAACACCCACCAUUUUCCAUGAAAUGGCCAUGGGACAAAUGUCAUCUUGUCUUUACGAGGUUUGAAUAGGAAAGAACUUUUCCCCUCAAAGGAGGAAUGCUUGUGCUCUAUACUGUAAAGUGCUUCGACUCCAUUUUUAUAGAAUUAUGACCUUUCGGUUGCAGCUUUUUCCAUCCGUGUCAGUACCAAGGAGGCAGUGCCCCACCAAGUCCCUCUAUUUGUAAGGAGGCAAACAAAUUCAUUUCAUUGCGUCACAGCUAAAAGCAGAUUGAUGUGGUUGGUCCACACUGGACUGGAGGAGCAAAGCCAGAUAGUCUGGAGGGAAGCCCGAGAGUGCUGUGCACUCUCCCUCCAGCACCAUUUUGCCCCAUGAGGCACCACUAACAUGACCUCAACACUUGUGAAUAUGGAGGGCUUUUUAAAAUACAGCUUCCACCAGGAUGGGGCUGGACAUUGGAGUGCCAAUUGCCCACUCUGCUCAUAGUUAUCCCCUCUUUCUUGGCUUGGUGCCCGGCCACAGCAUAGCCGUUGUCACUUGACAGUAGCUCCUGCAACUCUUAGAACACAAUCUGAAUGCAUCUGCCACCCACAUUUGGGUCUUCCUCCAGCACCGACCUGUGCUGCAGUGACAACUGCAUGUGGCUGGGGGGUUAUGUACAUCUUCCCUACAUCCUGAUGAAAAUCAGUUUCAUGUGACAGACAAGGUUAAAUUUCUAUGUGGACUUUUUUAAGGAGUCAAGGAUUUCUUAGUACCCUUGGCUCAGGCUCACACCUCAGUGAAGCCACCCUGUCCCAAUCUGUCCAAGUGGGGGGGGGGGGGCCUUGUUAAUCUUUAUAAACAUGGAGGCUCUGAUCUGCUUUUGUGCCACUGGCUAAUGACAUGGUGACUUUUUUACUUUGUCUAAAUGCAUCUUAAGCAGCUCCAAAACUGGAUGUUACUUGUGUGCCAUGGGUUAGUGGAACAGAGCUCAGCCCCAGCUGGUUUCCCCUGGUGACCCAAUUGUUAUCUAAUGGUUGCCAGGGGCACAACUGAACUCAGUGGGCUUUAGAAACAGAAAAUCAGCCCAACUGGGUUCUUGCUUUUUGUCUGCCAUUUUACUUUGCCACCAGGUGAUCUGGUUAGACAGAAAUGGCCAAAAGGAAAUUGGUGGCCCAUGGGGAAGCCUGGGCUGAGGGAUACAGGGGACCUCCCACCAUGGCCAGAUGCCUGUUCUUUGCAAGUCUUGACAAGUGAAAAGCUUUCUCCCUAGUGCCAACCCCUUGGAGCCUUGAUCUCAAGCACUUUCCACAGCCCCACUCCAGUGUUAUCUCCAUGGCCUGACCCCACUCUGAUCAGCUAAUAACUAUAGUAAUUACUUUUCUGAGAGGCUUUCUGGGAAUUACAAAAUGCAGAGGUAUCCCCAGAGCACUGGAUGGAAAAAGUAAUGAGUGAUUUGAACCAUCUAUCACUCAGCAGCUAGGUGCCUACCAGUUAGCUCUCAGCCUGUUUCCUCAUCCAUUGCCCAGGGAUUGUAAUGGUAUUUCUACUAGCUCUUUGCAAGGAUUAGCUGUGUCCAGAGCCUGUAAGACGACAGGUCUGCAUGGUUUGUUUGUUUGUUUGUUUGUUUGUUUUCGGGGGGAGGGGGGUCCUUCAUUGUCCCAGGCCUGCUGGCUCCCUUCUUCCCCUUCCUGAUCUUCCCUAGUCACCUCCAUCUGGGUCACCCAGUGCUCCCUCAUUUGCUUACUGCUGAAUAACUUUAAACUUGAGUAAGCAAUCGCUUUACAUGGCUCACAAAUCAGUCUUCCUUGAACCGCACCCUCCAGCAAACCCAGCUUCUCACCCCUGGAAAAUUGUCUUGUUCCUCACGUAUCAUUCCAGAGGUUAUUUAUGUAUAUACGAGCAACACUUGUGUAUGCGCGUAUUAAUUUUUUCCCCUCAUGUGAUAACCAGAGGAUAUUCAAAGAGCAUUCCUAUUCGUGUGGGAAGAACUGUACCAGAAGUCAGAAUGUGUGUAAAUGAUGAGUCCAGAAGUGGUGGGUGAUUUUGUAAUCACAUUCCUUUUGAAUAAGCAUUUUUCUUGAUUGCAGCACACUGGAAUGGUUUUCUAUACAAAAAUCAUUAACUGCAAUCCCUCCCUAACCUUUACCACAAAUGUCCAGAUAAUAUGGGAGCACAACCAGUUUCCAGGCUGCCCCCACUCCCUCUUGGCCACUUCCAAGUGAUGCCCGAGUACAGCAGUGAUGUCUGUUAACUCUUGCUUUCUUAGGUGGGCACCCAUGUUUCUGAGGCAGCAGUUUGAGAAGCAGCAACUGAAGGCCAUGGUACCUAUCUUGUGGGGCAGAUGUCUCAGAUGUUGCUAAGCAAGUAGCUGGUCCAU